AUGUGGCAGCUUCAGGAGGCCUACACCGUUCCAAACGUCUCACCUGGUGUCCCUGACGACCAGCUGGGCAAUGUCGCGGCAUCAAUGUUGCACACUAUCAAGGUUGAACAAGCCGAUCUCGCAGACAAGCAAGGCGAGACUCGGCGGGUGCUGGCUGCAUAUGAUGAAAUCAUGGACUUUCGCGAGCUUACACGCAAAUACGUCGAAAAGUGGGAUCGGAAAGGCCUGACCGAGGAAGGCUCAAAGCGAUCAUCUACGCAACGUGAUCCUUCCGAUCAGAAUACUGGCGAAUCCCCCAAGGCAAGCUCUUCGAGAAAAGUGAAUAGAAACCCUGUUGUUGAUGUUGACUCAUCCGAUCCACUAUCUGACGCUAUCAACAACUGGACACGUGCGGACGAUAGAUUCGAACCUCUUACUGGUAUUCGAGUCAAGAUCAGAACAUGCUACUGGAAGGGCAGUUCCUCCAGUUCUAACAAGAAUGGAGAGGCCACUAUCAGUGAAGCUGACGAAAUCCAUCUUAAGCUCUUGAAAAGUUUGGAUGUUCUCCUUCACCGAGGCAGAAGUCCAGAUCAAAAUGAGUUUGGACCUCCUGAAGACUGCACAGUGUCAGAAUGCCAGCCAGUCGACCCAACCUUCAUGGACAAGAACGAAAAGGGAAAGAAUCCUCAGGAAGAACAACAAAGUCAGUCCAGCACUACAAUCUCAGCCGGUGAGAAUAGCUCUGAAGAUUCCUCGGGCAUCUCAUCUUCCACCAUGGCAGGCGGAGUAAUCGAGGAAGAAGGACCUGUAGUCGCGAUCCAAGAGCACCAGGCAGAUGUACAGACAAUGUUCUUACAGGAGAGGGACGGUACUCCAGACGAGUCUGUUGGCAAGCAGGACUGUGGAGACGAGCUUGAGGGUUCACAGAGUGCGUCUGGUGAUAGCUCUGACGAGGACGAGUGCGGAUCACCCGUUCGAGCUCAGAAGGAAUAG